AGACGGGCGGGAGCCAGGGCCCCGCUCGUGGCCCAUUGUCUGCGCCCCUGAGCCGUGCGCCCUAGUGCCACAGCGGCCGGCGGGGCAGCCUCCCCUCGUCACUGCAGCCCCGCCGCAGCUAUAAGAAGCGGUGCCGCCCGCCGUGGCUGCCUCAGCCCACCAGCGGGGACCGAGAGCCAUGCUGCCCGCCGCCCGCCCCCGGGGCUGGUAGAGCCAGACUGCCAGCGGUCGCCGCCACCGCGGAGACGCGCCCCACCGUCGCGGGCAGGAGCCACAGCCGCCCCUUCUCAGCCCCGGGCAGGUCAUGGGGCGCGGGGCGCUGCCCGCGUGGGCUCCCGCCGCGCUGCUGCUGGCACUGGCCGCCCUGCCCGCAGCCCUGGCUGCCAACAGCAGCGGCCGAUGGUGGGGUAUCGUGAACGUCGCCUCCUCCACAAACCUGCUGACCGACUCCAAGAGCCUGCAGCUGGUGCUGGAGCCUAGUCUGCAGCUGCUGAGCCGUAAGCAGCGGCGGCUGAUCCGCCAGAACCCGGGCAUCCUGCACAGCGUGAGCGGAGGACUGCAGAGCGCCGUGCGCGAGUGCAAGUGGCAGUUCCGGAACCGCCGCUGGAAUUGCCCCACGGCUUCUGGGCCCCACCUCUUCGGCAAGAUCGUCAACCGAGGUUGUCGAGAAACAGCUUUCAUCUUCGCCAUCACCUCCGCCGGGGUCACGCACUCGGUGGCGCGCUCCUGCUCCGAGGGCUCCAUCGAAUCCUGCACCUGCGACUACCGGCGGCGUGGCCCCGGGGGCCCCGACUGGCACUGGGGGGGCUGCAGCGACAACAUAGACUUUGGCCGCCUCUUUGGCAGGGAGUUCGUGGACUCCGGGGAGAAGGGGCGUGAUCUGCGAUUCCUCAUGGACCUUCACAACAACGAGGCGGGCCGCACGACGGUGUUCUCCGAGAUGCGGCAGGAGUGCAAGUGCCACGGCAUGUCGGGCUCGUGCACCGUGCGCACCUGCUGGAUGCGGCUGCCCACCCUGCGCGCCGUGGGCGACGUGCUGCGCGACCGCUUCGACGGCGCCUCCCGCGUCCUGUACGGCAACCGCGGAAGCAACCGCGCCUCGCGGGCCGAGCUACUGCGCCUGGAGCCCGAGGACCCCGCGCACAAGCCGCCCUCGCCGCACGACCUCGUCUACUUCGAGAAGUCGCCCAACUUCUGCACGUCCAGCGGCCGGCUGGGCACGGCGGGCACGACGGGGCGCGCCUGCAACAGUUCGUCGCCCGCGCUCGACGGCUGCGAGCUGCUGUGCUGCGGCCGCGGACACCGCACGCGCACCCAGCGCGUCACCGAGCGCUGCAACUGCACCUUCCACUGGUGCUGCCACGUCAGCUGCCGCAACUGCACGCACACGCGCGUGCUGCACGAGUGCCUGUGAGGGGGGCCCACGAGCGCCCCCAG